ACGAUGCACGGCACCGGCACUAUCCCCGGGGUCUCCUUAGCAGCAGUCCCCCUCUGUCUAUCAGUCCCUCCCGUGCACCGGGCAGAGCAGGCCGCAUCCUCGGGGGUGGGAGUGAGGGAGGCGCCGGCACAGACCCGCCCCCGGCCGCGGCAGGAAGACGGGCUGUGCGAGGCCUAUAGCUCCGAUAUGGCGGCGGCUCCCGGUGCCUCAGAGGACGCCCAGCUCCUGCUCAAUGUCGGGCUGAUUGAGAAGGACACAAAUGGCGAGGCGCUGUGGGUCUGGUGCUACCCCUACAUUUCGGCGGAGUUCCGGGAGCUGUUGCUGAGGAAGUGCCGACUCCGGGAGGACAAGCCGCGUCCCCUCUACAGCUUCCUCUACGGACAGUACAAGAGGCUGUGGUUCUAUAUCAUGCUGACGCACGUGGCGGGAGCCUCCGUCCUGCACCAGGUGACUCAUUUCUGUCUCGCUCUGGUCGCCAAAGACUAUAACCCGGAGAAGUACGCGGCAUUCAGCAGGACGCUGAGCAGAGUAUAUAUAAAGAACGGCAGUCCCGUGCCGAUGGUGGAGAGUUACAUUUCCGUCCUCACCAAGGGCGUCUGUCAGAGCGAAGAGAACGGGACCUUUGUGAGCCGGGACUAUGACCAGCUGAAAGCGUACACGUCCGGGUCCAUCAGAGACGUGGUGUCGCAGUUUGGCAUGGAGACAGUUAUUCUGUAUACGGCCCUUAUGCUGAAGAAAAGAAUCGCCGUCUUUCACCCCAAACUGGAAGUGGUCCAGGAGUUCACCAGGGUUCUUCCUGCACUUGUCUGGCACAGACAGGACUGGUCAAUCCUUCAUCCUUAUGUUCACCUAAUUCAGGAAGAAACAGAAGAUCUGAAGACUUGUCCAGGAUAUAUUGCCGGCUUCCAUAACUCUGAUGUCAGCAAUCGCCCCGACCUCUACGACGUCUAUGUGAACUUGGCGGAGAGCAGCAUUUCUGUGUCUCAGAGUGCAAAAGAGGCUCUGACAUUGGGCAAAUUACACAAGGAGAUUGGGCAAGUGAUGGUCCAAGCGACGGAAGAUCCUGAUAAGUCUGAGAGCCAGGUUAUUAAGGAUAUUUCUGUGAAGACCCGAGAGAUUCUGUCCAUAUUGUCCUCCUUGGCGGAGGUGACCCGAGAUGGCGACUGGCCAGCCAUAAGCCUGGAGCAGCUGAAGCAGAGGAGAUUACCUCCGGCCACAGAGAACUUCUUAUUCCAACUGGCCGCGGCCGAGCAGAUGCUACUGACAUGACGUGUGGCCGGGCUCACUCCGCGGGAACAUUGGGAACCAGGAAAGGGAUGACCUGGGUUCCCCGGAAGAUACAAUUAUGAGAAGAACCUCAGCAUUCCAGAAUGUGACACAGUGAUGACAUCUACCAGCCCAAGAACCCACCGUCUAAGGCAGUUUCAGCGGUGAUUUAUCAUAAUACAGUAUAUAUACAUAUUCAUGUGUUACACAGGCAGAUGGUCUCUCUCUCCUGGAGAGGACUACAUGUACCAGGCUACGUUUCCAGAUCCCCUGAGGUUCUCGUCAGUGGCUCACUCACUAUGUCUUACACGUUUCCCAGCAACCCUGGCCUGUUCUGACCAUCACAUAGGGUGGUUAUUGGUGUGAUAAGGUGGCAGGGGUCAGUGCUUUGUAUGUAUGCCUUGCACCGUUCUCAGACGUACAGCUGCGGGGACAGUGAGGGUGAAAAUGUAUCACAUUUAUUAUAUGAAAAUAAAUUAAUGUCCGGACUUAGAGCGUGA